GCUACAUGGUUACAUUUACAGAAAGCAUUCAAUUGUAACUACAACAAUAUCAAGCUGCUCAAUCCUAGCCUUGUAACUGAUGCUAAACUCUAGCCAUAACAGAUCCUUGACAAUAGCAAUAUCAAGCUGGAGAUAAAUCAAUUAAUGGCGGAGACUUGGUUGUUGUAACUGAAGCUUGAUUGGAGGAAGAAUCUGUGGUUCUAACACCCCCCUCAAACUUGAGGGUCCUGGACAUGGGGGUGGUGGAAGAGGAUGAAGUAGCCAUGGAUGACAAGAAAGAAGACACAAAAGGAAGAGGAGGAAAGGACAUACAGAUCCUUGACAACAGCAAUAUCAAGCUGGAGAUAAAUCAAUUAAUGGCGGAGACUUGGUUGUUGUAACUGAAGCUUGAUUGGAGGAAGAAUCUGUGGUUCUAAACAGUUUCAGUGGCACACUUGCACCUGCCCCGAAUGCACGCCUUUAUAAAUAGCAGCUGAAACCACAAUUGGUGAAGAUCAUUUAAUUGCAUCUAAAAUGACAAACACCAGCUUUCAGAACUUUAUCUUUCGUUUCUGUACAAGCCUUCUCAUAAUCACAACCCUAAGCCAUAGCGGGCGUGGGUUGUCAUCGGAGGAACAUGCACCCCUUUUCAUCUUCGGGGAUUCAAUAUAUGAUGCUGGAAACAAUAACUAUAUAAACACUAGUUAUCGGGCAAAUUUCCGGCCAUAUGGUGAAACCUUUUUUAAGAACCCAACAGGAAGAUUUUCAGACGGUCGUCUAAUUUCAGAUUUUAUAGCUGAGUACGCAAAACUACCUAUUAUUCCACCGUAUCUACAACCCGGCAAUCAGCAAUUUACAUAUGGUGCAAAUUUUGCAUCUGCAGGAGCUGGUGCUCUGGUUGAAACUUUCCACGGUUUGGUGAUAGACCUUAAUUCUCAACUUUCAAAUUUUGAGCGAGUUCAUGAGUCAUUGAGGAAGAAUUUAGGGGAUGAAGAAGCCAACACUUUGAUAUCAAGAGCUGUUUACUUAUUUAGUGUGGGAGGCAACGAUUACUCAUACAUAUUCGGGACAAACUCCAGCAUCCAGCAUCCUCACAGGGAAUUUGUAGGAACUGUUCUAGGCAACAUAACUGCAGCGAUAAAAGAAGUAUACAACAAAGGAGGAAGAAAAUUUGGGUUUCUUAACCUUGAUCCUCUUGGUUGUAUACCAUACUCAAGAGCACUUGAGAGGAAACAAAAAGAUGGAUGCUUUGAAGAGAUUACACCGUAUGUAGAACUCCACAAUGAAGAACUUCCCAAACUCCUUCAAAAGCUGGAGACUGAACUCAAGGGAUUUAGAUACUCGCUUUCCAACUAUAAUGAGUUUCUGAGUGAUAGGAUAAAUAACCCUUCUAAACAUGGUUUUAAGGAGGGGAAGGUGGCAUGUUGUGGAAGUGGUCCGUAUAGAGGAACUUUCAGCUGCGGAGGCCAAAGAGGUACUAAAGAGUAUGAUUUAUGCCCGAAUGCAAGUGAAUAUGUCUUCUUUGACUCUGGUCAUCCAACAGAAGGGGUCAAUCAGCAAUUUGCUACGCUAUUUUGGAGUGGAACUCCCAACUUCACGGCUCCUUACAAUCUCAAAGCACUAUUUGAAAGCCCAAUCGGUUUUUAGCCCUAAGCCCAUUUAUAUGUUUUUUAGUUUGUCUAAAUUACAAUAAUUCUUUGUAUUAGGAAACUAAGCACCGAGAAAUUCUUAGGUGGGGGUUUCCCCACCACGUGGCUUUAGGGCCACCCAAUCAGAACAAAGAAAUUUUUUUCUCUUUUCUGAAACUGCCCCUGCUCCCUCAAUGUACAAUACCGAAAAGACCCCCCUGCUAGGCAGUGAUUGGUCUGCCCUAUUGCCACGUGGUGCAAGUGCCCCACGCAAGUCUUUCUCGAUGUGCAUCUAUGUCUCUUUAGCGUCUCUGGAGUAAUACCGAAGGAGGAUAUCCGCUAUCUCUACGUAUUUGAAUGUACAAUGAGUAGGAUUAUGUACGAACCACUUGUGGGUACUACUACUAGCUUAUUGUCUGUCUAUAAAUGACAGCGGAAGAGUAUGUAACGGUUUAUUCUGGCU